GAGACCGUGUGGUGUGUUUUCUAAACAUGCUAUGCUAAACGUGUUGGAUAUAUACAUUUGAUUUUGUGCAGAAACAGACACCUGUGUGUAUCUGUGUUGUUGGAUAACGAUGGGGAGCGACGGACGAUGUCGAUUUAGUGACUGUCGCUGGUUUGCUUUUCAUGUUUCCUUACUGCUGAUCAUUGGGGAGCAGGCUUUGGCUGAACUACGGUACUCUGUUCCAGAGGAGAUGAAAGAGGGAACUGCUGUUGGAAACGUUGCUAAGGAUCUUGGCCUGGACAGAACCUCUUUGACUGAGCGAAGAAUCCGCGUUGUGUCUGGAUCUAAGGACGCCUUUUUCGAGGUAAACCCGGACAAUGGCGCCUUACAGGUCCGGAGAAAGAUAGACAGAGAGGAGCUGUGUCAGGGAAGCGGUGCCUGCGUGAUUGAGCUGAAAGUCCUUGUUGAAAACCCUCUGGAAAUACACUAUGUAGUCGUGGAAAUUACUGAUGUAAAUGAUCACUCCCCCAUUUUUUCUGAAAAGGAGCAGCAAUUUGAAAUAUUUGAACAAGCGUCUCCGGGAACGCGAUUUGAAUUGCAUGCGGCCCGUGAUCCUGAUGCAGGAAUUAAUUCUAUCCGCGCAUAUACAGUGACGUCGAAUGACCACUUUGAAAUAGAAAUUAGUCAAAACGAUGAGGAAAAAAUACCUUUUUUAGUUCUGAGGAAAUCCCUAGACAGAGAACAAAAGAAUAAACACGUACUAUUUGUUACAGCGGUUGAUGGAGGAAAACCUCCGAGAUCAGGAACAUUAAAUGUUUCUGUUGUUGUUCUUGAUAUCAAUGAUAACAAGCCAAUAUUUAGUCGGGACACAUACCAGAUAGAAAUAUAUGAAAACGUCCCAGUAGGUACGACUGUUACAAAAGUGAAUGCAACAGAUCCAGAUGAAGGGACCAAUGGGGAAAUAGAGUACAGCCUGAGCAAAACAUUAGUGCGUAAAGUUUACGACAUCUUUGAAUUGGACAGAAUAACUGGGCAAAUCAAACUUAAGGGAGAGCUGGACUUUGAGGAAUCGGAGAUUCAUAAACUAGACGUUCAGGCAUCCGACAAAGGAACACCUCAAUUAACAAGCAGGUGUCGAGUCAUUGUAAAGAUAAAAGAUGUCAAUGACAAUCCACCAGAAAUAGAAAUCACAUCUCUGUCAAAUACAGUGUCUGAAGACUCAAAACCUGGAACAAUUAUUUCACUCAUUAGCGUGACAGACAGAGACUCCAGUGUGAAUGGAAAAAUUAUUUCCAGUAUAACCGAGGAUGUUCCUUUUGAAUUAAAACCUUCUUACAAGGAAAACACAUAUUCAGUUGUCACUAAGGGAUUUCUGGAUCGAGAGGAGGUGUCACAUUAUGAAAUAAUAAUAAAAGCCACUGACUGUGGUGAACCUUCAUUAUCUACCUUUAAAACGCUCAAUAUUCAGAUAUCAGAUGUAAAUGACAACAGACCAAAAUUCUCCCAAAAUCCAUUACAGUUUUAUCUAGUCGAAAAUAAUGUGGCUGGAGCGUCAAUAUUCUCUGUCAGCGCGACAGACAAUGAUGUGAAUGAAAAUGCAGCGAUUUCUUAUCAUAUUGCUCGGGGAAAUGACGUAACAACUUUCCUGAAUGUAAACUCUGAUAACGGACACAUCACAGCUCUAAAAAGUUUCGACUUUGAGGUUCUGAAAACGUUCCAGUUCCAAGUUGUGGCCACAGAUUCCGGAACUCCGUCACUGAGCAGCAACGUCACAGUGAACGUGUUCAUUCUGGAUCAGAACGACAACGCUCCAGUCAUCCUGUAUCCAGUCAGCUCCAACGGUUCUGCUGAAGGUGUGGAGGAGAUUCCCCGCAAUGUGAACGCAGGACACUUGGUGACUAAAGUCAGAGCCUAUGACGCUGAUAUAGGAUAUAACGGCUGGUUACUCUUUUCACUGCAGGAAGUCACUGACCACAGUCUCUUUGGUUUGGACCGCUAUACAGGACAGAUCAGAACACUUCGCUCAUUCACAGAGACAGACGAGGCUGAGCAUAAACUGCUCAUACUGGUCAAAGACAAUGGGAACGUUUCUCUCUCAGCAACAGCUACUGUCAUUGUCAAACUGGUGGAGCCCAAAGAGGCUUUUGCUGCUUCUGAUGUUAAAAGUGCCACUAAAGUUGACGAGGAGGACAAUGUGACAUUUUAUCUGAUGAUAACUUUGGGCUCAGUCUCUGUACUUUUUAUCAUCAGCAUCAUCGUGCUGAUUGCGAUGCAGUGCUCCAAAUCCACAGACUAUACUUCUAAAUAUCUCCAAGAGACUAAUUAUGACGGGACUCUGUGUCACAGCAUCCAGUACAGAUCUGGAGACAAACGCUACAUGUUAGUUGGCCCCAGAAUGAGUAUAGGAUCUACUAUAGUCCCUGGCAGCCAUGCUAACACUCUAGUGCUCCCUGACAGGAGGAGGGGAUCUGGAGAGGGUGGCAGUACCUUAUCAGUAUAG